UAGUAUUACUAUUUUUCAAAAUAAAAUUAAGGAAAGAAAUGAUUGGGUGUAAAUGAUCUGUCAGUUGAGGCUUCUUUCUCAUUUCAUCUUCUCUGUCUAAUAUGUCUAACCCUUAAACGACUGUCGGUGGAGUGUUGAAGGAGCUGGCGGAGUGAUAAAAGGGUGUUAACUGCUGCUUUGAAUUCCUGCUCUCUUUCCUCCUACAUUGAUUCUUCAUUUCCAAGAUUUGUGCAAAAAACGUACUCUUGAAGUGGAGGAUUCAUUGUGAUUUUCUGUCGUGAAAUAAAGGCAUGCACACAUCUUGUUGAAUUUGGACAGCUAUUUGUAUCCAUUGUUCCCAACUGACAAAAGAAGCAGGUGACAAUGGAAUCAGGAGAUAUUGGGGGCAAGCCCAUGAAGAAUCUUGGUGGCCAGGUGUGCCAAAUCUGUGGUGAUAAUGUUGGAAAAAAUGCGGAUGGUGAUCCAUUCAUUGCUUGCGGUGUAUGUGCAUUUCCUGUCUGCCGCCCUUGCUAUGAAUAUGAAAGGAAGGAUGGGAAUCAGUCAUGCCCUCAAUGUAAAACCAGAUACAAGAGGCACAAAGGUAGUCCUGCUAUCCUUGGAGAUAGAGAAGAGGAUGGUGAUGCUGAUGAUGGUGCUAGUGAUUUCAAUUACUCUUCAGAAAACAAAAACCAAAAUCAGAAGCAGAAAAUUUCAGAAAGAAUGUUGAGCUGGCAUGCAACAUAUGGUAGAGGGGAGGACGUUGGUGCUCCAAAUUAUGAUAAAGAGGUUUCUCAUAACCAUAUUCCCCUGCUCACGAAUGGGCAGGAGGUUUCUGGCGAGUUAUCUGCUGCAUCACCUGAGCGGCUUUCUAUGGCAUCUCCUGGACUUGGUGGAAAAUCAAAUAUUAGGGUUGUGGAUCCUGUGAGGGAGUUUGGAUCACCAGGAUUGGGCAAUGUAGCUUGGAAGGAGAGAGUUGAUGGCUGGAAGAUGAAGCAGGAGAAGAAUGUUGUUCCUAUGAGUACAGGCCAGGCUGCUUCUGAAAGGGGUGCUGGAGAUAUUGAUGCCAGCACUGAUGUGCUUGUGGACGACUCUUUACUGAAUGAUGAAGCUCGGCAGCCUCUAUCAAGAAAGGUCUCCAUUCCCUCAUCGAAAAUAAACCCUUAUCGGAUGGUCAUCAUUCUUCGGCUCAUUAUUCUCUGCAUUUUCUUGCACUAUCGAAUAACAAACCCUGUUCCAAAUGCCUAUGCUCUGUGGUUGAUAUCUGUUAUAUGUGAGAUUUGGUUUGCAAUAUCAUGGAUACUGGAUCAGUUCCCUAAGUGGCUUCCUGUUAACCGAGAAACCUAUCUUGACAGGCUUGCCUUGAGAUAUGAUCGUGAAGGAGAACCAUCAGAAUUAGCUGCUGUUGAUAUUUUUGUGAGUACCGUCGACCCAUUAAAGGAGCCUCCACUUGUAACAGCCAACACUGUGCUAUCCAUUCUUGCAGUUGACUACCCAGUCGACAAGGUUUCCUGUUAUGUUUCUGAUGAUGGUGCUGCUAUGUUAACAUUUGAAGCACUGUCUGAGACAUCAGAGUUUGCUAGGAAGUGGGUACCUUUCUGCAAGAAGUAUAAUAUUGAGCCUCGGGCUCCAGAAUGGUAUUUUGCACAGAAGAUUGAUUACCUGAAAGAUAAAGUUCAAACAUCAUUUGUUAAGGAGCGCAGAGCUAUGAAGAGGGAGUAUGAAGAAUUUAAAGUCCGAGUUAAUGGGCUUGUUGCAAAGGCACAGAAAGUUCCUGAAGAAGGAUGGAUUAUGCAGGAUGGUACACCAUGGCCUGGUAAUAACACCAGAGACCAUCCAGGAAUGAUCCAGGUUUUCUUAGGCCAGAGUGGGGGCCUUGAUGCUGAGGGCAAUGAGCUGCCAAGGUUAGUUUAUGUUUCUCGUGAAAAGCGUCCAGGCUUCCAACACCACAAAAAAGCUGGUGCUAUGAAUGCACUUGUUCGAGUGUCAGCAGUCCUUACUAAUGGACCUUUCUUAUUGAAUCUUGAUUGUGAUCACUACAUAAAUAAUAGCAAGGCUUUAAGGGAAGCUAUGUGUUUUCUGAUGGAUCCAAACCUUGGAAAGCAAGUUUGUUACGUUCAGUUUCCUCAAAGGUUUGAUGGUAUUGAUCGGAAUGAUCGAUAUGCCAACAGAAAUACUGUUUUCUUUGAUAUAAACUUGAGGGGUCUUGAUGGCAUUCAAGGGCCGGUUUAUGUCGGUACGGGAUGUGUUUUCAAUAGAACAGCAUUGUAUGGAUAUGAACCUCCCCUUAAGCCCAAGCAUAGAAAAACAGGGAUACUAUCUUCAUUGUGCGGAGGUUCUCGUAAGAAGAGUUCAAAAUCAAGUAAAAAGGGAUCAGACAAGAAGAAAUCUGGCAAGCAUGUUGAUUCUACUGUACCAGUAUUCAAUCUAGAGGAUAUAGAAGAGGGUGUUGAAGGGGCUGGGUUUGAUGAUGAAAAGUCAUUACUGAUGUCACAAAUGAGCCUGGAGAAACGAUUUGGUCAGUCUGCUGUUUUUGUUGCCUCUACACUUAUGGAAAAUGGUGGUGUCCCUCAGUCUGCUACCCCCGAAACACUUCUUAAGGAAGCAAUUCAUGUUAUCAGCUGUGGAUACGAGGACAAAACAGACUGGGGAAGUGAGAUUGGGUGGAUCUAUGGUUCUGUUACAGAAGAUAUUCUUACUGGAUUCAAAAUGCAUGCCCGUGGUUGGCGGUCAAUUUACUGCAUGCCAAAACGCCCAGCCUUUAAAGGUUCUGCUCCUAUCAAUCUUUCAGAUCGUCUGAACCAAGUGCUUCGAUGGGCUCUUGGUUCUGUGGAAAUUCUUUUCAGUAGGCAUUGCCCUAUCUGGUAUGGUUAUAGUGGUAGGCUCAAGUGGCUUGAACGGUUCGCAUAUGUUAACACAACCAUCUACCCGGUCACUGCUAUUCCUCUUCUCAUGUACUGUACACUGCCAGCAGUCUGUCUGCUCACUAACAAAUUCAUUAUUCCACAGAUUAGUAACCUUGCGAGUAUAUGGUUCAUAUCCCUCUUUCUUUCCAUCUUUGCAACUGGUAUUUUAGAAAUGAGGUGGAGUGGUGUGGGAAUUGAUGAGUGGUGGAGAAAUGAACAGUUUUGGGUUAUUGGUGGUGUGUCGGCACAUCUUUUUGCUGUUUUCCAAGGGCUUCUCAAAGUUCUUGCUGGCAUUGACACUAACUUCACGGUCACUUCAAAAGCAUCAGAUGAAGAUGGGGAUUUCGCUGAACUUUACAUGUUCAAAUGGACAACCCUUCUCAUCCCACCAACCACUCUCCUCAUUAUAAACUUGGUGGGGGUUGUUGCAGGAAUAUCGUAUGCCAUCAAUAGUGGCUACCAAUCAUGGGGUCCCCUCUUUGGUAAGCUAUUCUUUGCCUUCUGGGUGAUCAUCCAUCUCUACCCCUUCUUGAAAGGUUUGAUGGGACGCCAAAACCGUACACCCACCAUUGUUGUUGUAUGGUCAAUUCUGCUUGCCUCUAUUUUCUCUUUGUUGUGGGUGCGGAUCGAUCCCUUCACAACCAGAGUUACCGGGCCAGAUGUAGAACAGUGUGGAAUAAACUGUUAAAGAGAGAACCUAUAAAGACUGAAGAUUUGUUUUGGUGUCACUAAGUUUCCAAUGCCAAAGGUUUGUUUAGUUGUAAUUUGUGUAUGUCAGUUCACAUCAUGUGCAGAAUAUACGGUUGUUGAUAUAUAUAUAUAUGUCAUCUUGUUUCUACUUUGAUGUAAUAUUUUGGAGUUGGGACAUAACUUAUCGAUAGUGCUUUCUCUCAAGAAAACACUACUUCGAAGUAGAUAUAUGUUUUGGAGUUUAAGAGCAAACACGAGUAUCAUUCUUUUCCAAAA